UUUAUUUAACCGUGCUGGUGGGAAACAUCAUCUCUGAUUUGCACGUGUUUAUAAAGUAAACACAAGUGUAUUCGAAUUACGGAUUUUGUCUUGUUCUGAAUUGGUGUUAUAAUAUUUGAAAAUAUGAAAAAUCGUCAAGUGAAACACAAAAGUAAAAACGUGUUCCAGUUCAAAUCAUUUAACGAACGGAUAGCCGAGGUGGACAUCCGUCGAUCCGCAUUAUACUAUGUAGAACACGAAAAUGAGCAGUUUGAAGACGAUCGAUCGUACUUUCAUCAAUCUAUUCAAAAAUGGAGUGCCCUUAACUUGACAGAGGAAUUCCAACGCUUUCAUGAUCCACUUCGCGGGAUUGUUACAUUGCCGCAAUUAUUACACAGAAAAGAUUUCGUCCUUCAACACUUGAUAAAAUGUAUUGAAAAUGCCAGCUCUCUUUCUUUACAAGUGCUUCUUGAGAUUGUAAUCGCGUUGGCAAAAGAUCUGCGAGAUGAUUUUUGUCCAUUUUUCUUCAUUAUAUUUGACAAACUUGUCCCUCUCCUCGAUACUAGAGAUGCUGAUCAAUUGGAAUGGACACUACUCUGUUUGGCUUUCCUGUUUAAAAUACUACGAGGAUUUCUUCGGAAGAGUUUAUAUAUGAUUUUUGAGCGGGUGGUUUUGCUGCUAGAUGAUUCGAAACCUCUCCAUUUAACUAAUUUUGCAGCUGAGUGUUUUAGUUUUAUUGCUCGUGAUACCAAAAACAAGAGGGAAUUAAUAUACAUGAUAACAAUGGCAGCUAGCAGGAACCCAUCCGCAUCGACAGGUUGCGGAAGACUGCUGUUCGAAAUCAUGCGAGGAGUGAAUCAGCAAUUUCACAGUUGUGCAGAGCAUUUCUGGAAGUUAGUACUGCUAGAAAUGAUAUACGAAAAGCCUAAUACGGAAAACGGUUACGAUCCAAAGUUUCUCUUUGAUAUCUUGAUUCAAACUGUAACUGACAUGUUGCAAUGCAUCAAGCCUGACAGCAUAAAGCAAUUCUGGGCCGUUACAUAUGAAGCUUUAGAAAAAUACCUUACCAAAAAUCAAUUUGCUAAUGAAACUGGCUUUCAUUAUGUGCUGCAACUGACAGGCAUAGUAUUGGAGUACCAGCAUGGGAAAUUCUUGGAUAACAACUCCACCAUGAUUGGAAAACUAGUAAAAACUAUCGGCGUUACAGAGUCUGAAGAGAUACUGAUGAGCGUAUCCAAGAUAGCUACUAUUAUGCUGCUUUCGAAGAAUUUGAACAUUACCCAACUGGAAGCCAGUCGUUUAACUAAAAAUAUCAUGAGCCUUGGGUCUCGGUCAGAGAAGGUUUUCGAUGAGUUUGUGCUGAGUGUGGUCGAUUGUUCUAUAUUUGAGAUACUUGUUUUGCCGGAUUAUCUAAAAUACAUAGAAAAGAAUUUCAGUGCGAAAAAUUUGCAGUCGCUAACAAAAAUUGUAAUAAAAAAGUCGCCUCUAUGUAGGUAUGGGGUGAAUUUGAAAGAUUGGAAACAAUUCCCUAUCAUAUUGAAAUGUGAUAAAGGAAUGGAACGGAUUUCUCAAUUGCUCAAAGGUGGCCAGCAGAAGGAUGAUCGGACUGAAUUUUACAUGUGCCUAAUAUUAUUACCGCAUUUGAAAAAUUUCGCAAUCGACAAGAGCAUAUUAAAGGCUUUAGAAAUGGCUGUUCAAUGCGUUCUGUCCGACCUAGAAAAAAACUUUGAUAACCUCCAACUUACUUUGAAUCUACUUAUAGAGACUCUAGUUCAUCUGAACAUUUCAGAGGAAGGCAUUUUUCUUGAAACUGUUAAUCGAUUAUUACCGAUUAUUGCGAGUAGUAAUAGAGAACAGUUCAUAGGUAUCGUCAACAUGUGUUUGGUCCAUAUCAGUCGAGAAUACUCCCAGUCGUUGGACGAAAGUUUGUUUGACACUGUUCAUAGUCAUCUAUGUGUGUUUUUAGCGUCAGUGCAUCACCAAACGAGGUUGUUGGUAGCUCACACUUUCACUCUGUUUGGUCACCUGGAAAGAUUGAAGAUCAAAAACGAAACACAAACGAUGUUCGACAUACUGUAUGCUAUUGAAGCUAUUGACCCAAACAUACAUACCUAUCGUGAACAGGUAGUGCUUCUGAAAAGGCUUGAGUUCGACGCAAACUUUUUCCAGGGUAUCCGAGAGAAUGAGCUUCGUUUGGACAUAAUGCGAUUCGUCCUGUCGAUGCUCUCAUGCAAUUUCAAGCUACUUUGGGAACCUGCAGGUGAAGUGCUUCAAUCGUAUGCUGAAUCUUUCCCCGUGUCUGAUUUUUGGAAUGUCUACAAACAUCAGUUGGAUGCUAUAUUUAACGCUCUGCGCUUGAACUCCACGGUAGAACAAUUCAAACAUGUAGAAGGUGACAUACUAAAUGACAUAGUGAAGCAGCUUUGGAUUGAACAAGACAAAAUUGAUUUCGUAAAUUACCGAGUGCAGUUGCUAGUUCUUUUGUCGAAAUUAAGUAGGAUUUUUGAAGCCAAGAAUCGUGACAUCGUGGAGUCUUUCUUUUGCUUUAUUGAAUCAGAAUAUCGGAUAAAGCAAACCGUAGAAAGCGAAGCUCUUGAAAUCCCGAAAGCAGCUCAAAAAAUUUUAAUUGCCUAUCUCAACAUCUUCUCAGGCGUAAAAAAUCCAAAAACGAUUUUCAAGACACGACAGUUGCAUGAAUUUUUUCUAGAGUUGCUGACUCAUCGUAACUACGACGUACAAAAGUUAGCUCUUGACUGUAUAUUCACGUACGACAGUGCCUCAUUGAUACCGUAUAAGGACACUUUGUACAGCUUAAGCAAUGAUAAGACUGUCAAAGAAGAAAUGGCAAAGUUUUUCACAGAAACUAUUGAAAGUGAAAAUGAUUUGCGAUGCGUCGUAUUAGAAGAACACCGACGUGAGGUUAUACCGUUGGUUAUGAAAAUUGUGCAUACCAAAAUGAUUAAAAAAACUACUCCUCUGGAAAUGAAAAAUCUAUUACUCAGGUUUGUCGGCAAUUUUCGCGAAAAUGAAAUCAACUUAUUUAUUAGUAUGUCUUUCGGUUAUUUCGAGAAGCUUCUGAGGUCCAGUCCCCUGGAAACGUAUGAACAUAUAAACGCCAGCGAGCGCAAUUUCGAAGAAGACUUGCCAAUACAUCGGCUGCAAGUUUUAAUGAAGCUGAUCCACAACAUUCGCGAAGAGUUUGCGGGACUGAAGAAUUAUAAAUUUAUUCAAUAUCUACUGCAUAUCAAAUUGUGUAUGGAUGCGAUUAUUUCAAAAAUUGAACAUUCAAAGACAAAACAGUUGAAAUCACAAGCUACUUUGAAUAUGGCCGACUUUUUCGAGCACUUCGAUAAUUACGAAUGGUCAGAGGAAGAGAUCGAAGCCAUGUUUCGUAUAUACGUGUGGCCUCAGUUGGAUAAACUAGACAGUGACUGCAUUCACUCUCCGACACCGCUUCUAAAAUUGCUCGUAGUAUGGAGUAGAAAUCCCCGAUAUUAUCUUCUUCUUUCUAAAACCAACCCGGGCGAAACAGUCUUUGCUUCCUUCACACCAUUAUCAAAAGUCAUCAAUCUGUUGAACAACGAAAAAGCAAGCGAUAAUGUAUGCCAAGAAAUUUCGAAAAUGAUUAUCAACAUGCUUACUCUGGAAGCAGUCGACAGCGGUUUUAGUUCACUGCCAAUUCGAAACACUCAACAAAUCGAUGAAAGCGAGGCCGCCAGGUUGAAUUUGAAUGUAGGUAGUUGUUUAGUUCUACCAUUUCUUGAAGAAAUACUUGGCCACAUCCAAAAGAUCAUGAGACGUAAACGGUCAAUCAGUACAGACCAUCUUCUUAUACUUUCUCGAGUAACUGAGUAUGUCAGGGAGGGUGAGCUUUGCGAUACCAUAGGAGUCAUGCUGUUUCCGAUAACUAUUAAAAAAAUUGCUUUGCCGAAUAUUGAGACUGAAUCGGUGCGAGACAUGCAUGUAGUUCUAUUAUCCUUGUUAAGACUAGGUUCACACCCGGAGAAGCACAUCAGACUAAUUGGAUUGCUAUUAGAGCGCGUUAAGGAUCUUGUCACUCGAAAAAUAAUUUGUCAGAUGAUUCAACUAGUGGCAGAAAAAACAAGCAAACCGGAUCUAAUUCAAUGUGCAUCCAUAAUCGAAGACAUGAAUGCAAUGGACAAACGAUGGCUUGACCAACCGGAUUUUCAGCGUCGUUUGGACGCAUUCCGUAGGGUGGAUAAACUAAUUGAAAACCAAGAUAUAAUAAGCUUGGAUUUUAUUAUUCUGUUUGUACAUCAGUGUUUCUACUAUUUAAAAACAAAUCAAGAUCUCGCGAUGCGUGAUAACGCAAACCAUUAUUUACGGAAAGUAGUUAUCAAAGCUAUAAACAUGCGCAAACUUGAAAAUCAGGGAGACGUUCAAUAUUUAGUUGAACGUGUGAUCUUGAUGGCCCUCAUGAAAGGUGUGAAAGACAAAAAUGAUGCUACUAGAAACGAGAGUAUUCAGCUGCUUGGAGACUUAAGCCGUGAGUGUGCCGACUACCAUACAGUUUUCGCUGACUUGCAUCCUUUCACGAAUAGUGAUGAUCGUGAGGUCGAUUUUUUCGAUAAUAUGAUCCAUCUACAGAUCCAUCGCCAUCGUCGAGCUAUGAAUAGGUUUUGUAAAAUUUCUAGAAAAUUGGGAAAAAUGCCAUCUAGUCGUACACUGGUUGAUUUUGUGUUACCGAUAGUGACAACCUAUAUCUGCUCAGAAAAAUAUCGAAAGAAAUCCAAACUUACCGAAGCCGCCGGAAAAUGUGUAUCAUUAGUUGGUCGAAUGCUUCCAUGGCCUAGUUACAAGUCAUUACUAAAACAGUACCUGAACAAAAUGAAAAACAACAUCGAGUACCAGAAACAAUUGAUAAAGAUAGUUGUAUCGUUGCUGGACAACUUCCAUUUUGAUUUAUCCAACGCCGACACCAGUAGUUUACCAAACAUAAGUGACAUUGUGUAUCUGAAUUCUUCCAUUGGUGCGACCGCAGAUGUGAGAAAAAAUGCUAUUGAUGUAGAAAAUCAAGCCCCAGUCGAAAGUGACGAAGAAAAUGUACAAUCAGACGGCCGGCAAAACGUAUCGUUAACAAGCAGAAUGUGUCUUACGAAAGAAAAUGCCGAAUCAGUUAUGGUAGAUAUAUCUAAAAUAAUUAUUCCGGAUUUGUUCUCUACAAUUAACUACAAAGAAGCGCAAGAUACACACAAGCUAAACGAGCGCAAAGAACGCUACGCACGCGAGAAAAAAGAUAUGCUCAAGAUACCACUGGCUAUUGCAAUCGUGAAAUUGCUGCAAAAAUUACCAAAACAAUUCAUUGAGCUGAACCUACCAAAAUUAUUUAUUAGAGUUAUAAACUUUUUAAAAUCGAACCUCAAACAAGUUCGCAGCACUGCUCGCGACACUUUGAAAAGUAUGAUCCUUUCAGUGGGGCCUCUGUUUCUUAGAAAUGUAUUAGAAAAUCUUUCCGCUGUUCUAACACGUGGGUUCCAGGUUCAUGUUCUCAUAGCAACUGUUCAUUCACUUCUGGACGCAUUGAAGGAACGUUUAAGCUCCUCCAUUGUUGAUGAUGUUUUGCAAUUAGUAAUAACUAUGUGCAUUAAUGAUAUUUUCGGAAGAAUUUCGGAAGAGAAAGAGAUCGGUUCCGUUGUCAGAAAAACCCCAGAAGCAAAACCCAGCAAGAAAAGUUAUUUGACUUUGCAAAUUUUGGCCAAAAAUAUUAGUGAAAAGUCCGCACUGGACAUGAUUUUGCCAUUCAAAGACAUUAUCACCAAAACUUACUCCAGAAAAACUGUGACAAAAGCUCAAGAAGUGUUGAACAAAAUAGCAGACGGAAUUUGCUCCAAUGAAAACAUAAGUGUAGAAGCAAUGCUAAUUCUGGUUUUUGGCAUAACCUCAGAAAUUAUACCAGAUCUUAUAUGCGGCAGAAAACAAACAAUUUUAUCAGAAAAACAGAAAAAUGAGAUUAAACAGGGGAAGCCGGACGUAUACAUCAUUCCCACAGAACCAAAAAGAAGAGGAGCAGGAAAUCCAGAUGCUCUCGUUACUGUUUCUAAGGCGAAUUCACACGUACUGGUUGAAAUGGGUUUUGAAAUACUGCACAAUCUGAUUAAAAAAAAUCAAAUACUAUCGGUUGAGUAUGAGCCAUUUCUUGAGCCACUGAUACCUGUUCUGAUUGACUCUAUGAACAGCAAUCACAUCAAAAUCACUAUUCUUGGAAUAAAAUGCAUUAUUUCAAUUUGGACUAGCAGACUUGACAUAUCCAGUGUCGUGCUAAAUAUAGAUACGAUUGUAAAUAAUUUGUUAAACAUUCUACACAAGUACGCCACAGCAGGGAUUGGAAGAAAUGACGACAACUAUCAACUGGUCAAAAUUGGAUUUAAAGCUAUUGUUACGUUGAUGAAGUUUGUAAAAUAUUUCACGAUAGGAAGCGAUCAACUCAAAUUGCUACUGUUGUACGUUGAACAGGACCUAUUUCAUCCUGACCGGCAGAACAUGGCUUUGAUCUUGCUUCGUUCAAUAGUUGGUCGAAAGUUAAUCGCUGACGAGAUGGCAUCCAUCAUAAAAAAAGUAGCAGAGCUGAGCAUAACCAGUGGCAAUGACAAAUUCAGGUAUGUUUAUGUAUAUUCGUGUGAAACUAUACUGCCCAUCGUAGCAUAACAGUCCCAUGUGCAUUUUCAUCAUUUUUAGUUAGCUUCACGAAGGACUUAUUUUUAAUAU